AUGGGGGACCAACAGUGCGAAACUGUUUUAGGAGCAACGGGGUACCAACAGAGCGAAACUGUUUUAGGAGCAAUGGGGGACCAACAGUGCGAAACUGUUUUAGGUGCAAUGGGGGACCAACAGUGCGAAACUGUUUUAGGAGCAAUGGGGGACCAACAGUGUGAAACUGUUUUAGGAGCAAUGGGGGACCAACAGUGCGAAACUGUUUUAGGAGCAAUGGGGGACCAACAUUAUGAAACUGUUUUGGGAGCAAUGGGGGACCAACAGUGCGAAACUGUUUUAGGAGCAAAGGGGUACCAACAGUGCGAAACUGUUUUAGGAGCAAUGGGGGACCAACAGUGCGAAACUGUUUUAGGAACAAUGGGGGACCAACAGUGCGAAACUGUUUUAGGAGCAACGGGGUACCAACAGUGCGAGAAUGUUUUAGGAGCCACGGGGGACCAACAGUGCGAAACUGUUUUAGGAGCAAUGGGGGACCAACAGUGUGAAACUGUUUUAGGAGCAACGGGGUACCAACAGUGCGAAACUGUUUUAGGAGCAAUGGGGGAUCAAAAGUGCGAAACUGUUUUAGGAGCAAUGGGGGACCAACAGUGCGAAACUGUUUUAGGAGCAAAGGGGUACCAACAGUGCGAAACUGUUUUAGGAGCAAUGGAGGACCAACAGUGCGAAACUGUUUUAGGAGCAAUAGGGGACCAACAGUGCGAAACUGUUUUAGGAGCAACGGGGUACCAACAGUGCGAGAAUGUUUUAGGAGCCACGGGGGACCAACAGUGUGAAACUGUUUUAGGAGCAAUGGGGGACCAACAGUGUGAAACUGUUUUAGGAGCAACUGGGUACCAACAGUGCGAAACUGUUUUAGGAGCAAUGGGGGAUCAAAAGUGCGAAACUGUUUUAGGAGCAAUGGGGGACCAACAGUGCGAAACUGUUUUAGGAGCAAAGGGGUACCAACAGUGCGAAACUGUUUUAGGAGCAAUGGGGGACCAACAGUGCGAAACUGUUUUAGGAGCAAUGGGGGACCAACAGUGCGAAACUGUUUUAGGAGCAACGGGGUACCAACAGUGCGAGACUGUUUUAGGAGCCACGGGGGACCAACAGUGCGAAACUGUUUUAGGAGCAAUGGAGGACCAACAGUGUGAAACUGUUUUAGGAGCAACGGGGUACCAACAGUGCGAAACUGUUUUAGGAGCAAUGGGAGACCAACAGUGCGAAACUGUUUUAGGAGCAAUGGGGGACCAACAGUGCGAAACUUUUCUAGGAGCACUGGGGGAACCAAAAGUGUGA